AAAAAAGCCACCUUACGAAACUCGUCUCGUGAGAAUUUGGGGUACGCGCUUGUUGUGUCCGUCCUUUAUUCGCAAAAUAAUCGUUUGAGCAGCCCGCCUAGUAUAUACUUCAGUCGGUUACCACGUGCUUUCGCGUGAAGGAGUCUCUUAAUCGUGUUCGUGGAUGUCGUAUGGUGUUAAUUAUUAAAUAUUUCAUAAUUAUCUUUUUUUGUAGAUUACGUGCGUUCGUUCGUAUACGUUUAGUGCUUGAAAAGAAAUAUGUCAUUCUCUAGGAAAUACUUUAAACGGAUCCCGAUUUAUGCGGUAGAGAGCCACAAUGAGGUGCUACCAUUCAUUUAUCGGUGUUUGGGAUCGAAACACCUUCCGUUCGAAGGAAACGCGUUCGUGCAUUUAGAUUCGCAUCCUGACAUGCUUAUACCGAAAACGAUGUUGGCGAACACUGUAUGGGAUAAAAAUCAAUUGUUUAGUGAAAUUAGCAUCGAAAAUUGGAUGUUGCCUGCUGCAUAUGCCGGUCACUUUAAGCACCUGAUCUGGGUCAAACCACCGUGGGCGAAUCAAAUGGUCGAUGGCGUGACAACCUUCUUCAUCGGCAAGCAUAAGGACAGCGGAUCAAUAAGGUAAGACUACGGAAUGUAAUUAAACUGGAUUCUUCCGAUUCGACGGGACUCGUGUAAUGGAAAUGGACUUUAUGUUCCAUGCUACAGAAUGUAAAUGCCUUCGUGUAAGACUCUUCGAUUGACCAGAACCAGGCCAUCCAUUGAGUUCGCCGAUCUCACGAAGUUCCCUUGGCUCGUCUGAUCCUUGUCAGCCUUGUGACCUUGGCUUGCUAGCUAAGAGGUUUACCUUGGUAAACCCUGAUAUCUCGGCAUACCACUCGGGGUCUCGGUCGAGGGAUUAAGACAGGGUUGUUCGGUGAGACGACAGAGGGCCGGUGGAAUCGGCGCGAACAAGCUAGAACGCGAGAGACUGAGAGUGAAAGCGAGAUAAAGGCAGGGUAGUAGCCAAGAGAAAGGGAAAAGAGACUGUAACCGUACGCCCGUAUAAUUGAUUGAGUCUAAUGAGUUAAAGGGGAUACCAUGGUAUCGGGGUUGGAGGAAUUAAAGAGUUCUGGGUCAUGAAGGCGACAACCCUCGGGACAGAGAGAAAGUGCGGAAACUUAGGUACUCACGCCCCUCCUCCACUCUGGUCCUGGCUUUCUCUAUUGCUUCGCCCCUCGCGAGAACCGCCACGAGGGCGCUGAUUGUAAAUUAGUUAAAGGAGAUGCUUCAUUAGAAUCAGCUGAUUCUUAGAUUUUAACCGACAACAGAAUGGAAUAUUCUGGAAGUAUCGAGGGGAUGAUGGAUUGAUCGAGAAUUACGUACUUGGUUUCGUACGAUUUACUUUCUUCUGAGGUUUUGCUGAAGAUUAACGAGGCUGUAUAUAUACUGUAUAUAUACUGAGGCUGUUUUUAAUUCUUAUGCAUUUUCCUUUUCUUACGAGAUUUUUCGAGUCGCCCUUGUGUUAAAAAUUAUAGUUUCGAUUUUCGGUGAAACAAGGUUGUAUUCGCAAUAGAGGUUAGUUUAAAUGCAGUCUCAGUAUUUUAACAGAAGAUAAUUCAUAGGAGGUUCCUGGAACACUCUUGUCAUACGCGUAGGAUGGUCAGCGUGGAGUUUUAGUCGGUAAGAGUCCGACACUGCUCUGCUGCUACCGAUUAUUAGCAGCAGCGGAGUGUCCAUGAGGAUUUCUCCACGCGCAAAAAUAAAAGUCUCAGUAUUUUAGACCGAUGAUUAUUAAAUGGAAAUUACACGCCCAAAAGAUUCAUAUACAAAAGUUUGUGACAUUUUCAGAUUUACUCGAUCAUUCUUCUUAAUACUUUACACUCAUUUUUUUACUACUUUACGUAUCGGACAAGAGUAAUAAUUAAGUUUGACAAUGACCAGUUAAUUGAUUUUCUCCGAUUAACAGAUCAUAAAGAUUCUAAAUGAGAUUAAAAAAUGGGUAAUGUUGGGAAAGUUAGAUUGAAAGAAGCUGUAGAUUAACUUUCGUCUAAUUAUAAGCAUCGCUGGAAGUUAACCAGUAACGAUUUAAUUCGUCUUCUCAGACUAACACGUUGACAGGUGCAUUUUUACAUUUACCUUGGUAUUGCAGAAGAUAACGCAGUAACAUUCCCAAGAAUACGUCGCACACAUAUUUCCAUACACUUGUCGCUAAUUACCGAGAUUACAGUUGUUCAAUCCUCUCCGUGGUAUUUGCAUUCCUCCGCCAAAACGAUACGAGCAAAUUAUCAAAAAUACUCGGCGGCCGGGUCCGAUGCAAUCUCAUUCUAUCUGCGCGAUAUUACUUUUCGGUCGCCGCGAAACAGUAUCUCGAGGACGUCUCGGCGUCGCGUCGCUGGCUUUUCAAUUUGCCCCUGUGGAGAAAAAAGGAGGCCGCGAACAAGGAAGCGUCCUCCGGUUGGAGAGGAGAUGGGCCAAGAGAGAAGGCGGGCAAGAAAGAAGGCAAACCGCACACGAGAGCCGCCACGGUAUCUUCCACAUCCCCCAGGGAAAUUAUUGACAGUCAGCGAGGAAAUGACGUCGUAAAUACCACGUCGGAGGUCCCCGAACCCUCUGGCCUCUACUCGCCGACCGCCCCUUCUACCAGGCGCCACCUUCUUGUGCUUCUUCUCGCGUAAUCCCGUUCCCCUUUUGUUUUCUUCGCGCCUCAAUCUAACCUUCCUUCCUCCCUACGCGAUCCGCUCUACAAUUGAUUCGAUACGUUACUUCUUUCUAAGCAUAUUUUUUACUCGGACUAAUCAACUGAACGCGUUUCGCCUGUUUGACGCUUUAUCUUUUCGGCUACCGGAGUUACGGACUUGGUGAUUUCGAUGUUUAUCGCGAGGAGUUUCGAAGUAAUAGACGAAAAAGAGAGUUUCAACGAUAAAGAGGUUUUUGUAAGUUCGACUUGGUGCGAUGAUAUAAAGGCUUCUGAUAUCGAAUUGCUCGAUUUGUCUUGGAAUAAUAUCUUGUACACUGAUCAGACAAUCGAUUUUUUACCGCUUUCACUAGAAAUUCCAAAUAUCGGUUUUUCUAAAGCUUCUCACGUGCUACGAAACACUUCACCCGCGCGAUGGCUAUUAACCUGUUAGACGUGUUGUUAUACAUUGGAAAAGACGAAAGGGAAGGAAGAAGACGACAGAUAUAAUAAUAUUACAUAAAUAUUAAAAAUAAAUUCCUGUCUCUUUAUCUUAUUCCAUCUUUGAUUAUUUCUCGUUUCUAUUUAGCUUUCUGUUUCCGUUUUGCCCGAUUUUUCAAACUGCGCGACUAAAGGAGAAAGGGCUGGCUUCCCUAUUUGUCACGAAAACGUCGUCAUAUCCAACUGAAACAGGCACGCCUUUCGUAACUGCGUUUCAGAAAACAUUUUCGCCGUAUAAAACGCGUUUUUGAUGGAAGUGGGUAGAACGAAACCAACAGGGUAGAAUUACAACAUCUCGUGCGAACUGUAUAGUACGUGAAGUAUGCACGAAGUACUGAAGUAUGAUUUCAUGUCAGGAUAAUUGCUACGAGUGUUGCGUAAAAUUGACAGGUUCCUCUAGUAUGAUUGAGGUAGAAAUAGGAGUGUAUGUGACAGGUGUUGCAGGUGGUUCCAACGGAAAAAUUUGACAUAAGGGAACGAUUGCGGUUGAAGUAUGAUUUUAUGAAUCUGCAGAAACUUAUAAUUAUUAGAUUUAGUUUUGUAUUUUAAAACUCUUUACUUUACAAAUUAUUAGAUUUGUUUCUGUACUUUGUUCUCUUUUUUUUAUAUGAACAGGAAUAUUAUAUAAAUUUAUUAUUUAACUAUAUUGUUUAACAAUUAUUCCUCUAUAUAUAAUUAAUUAAUGACUCCUAUAGAAGGAAUACAAAUCUUGAAACUGUUACUUUUACAGGGAAUUGACCAAAUUAGAUAAAUGAUAUUUGCAGCAAUAUUAAGAUAAAGCGUCAAUAAUAAUAAUCGAGAAAUUUCAUAAUUUUAAGAAAUCGUGACAAUUUAUUAUCCUUAGAAAAAAUAUUGCAACUUUCAUUAGUAAUUUCAUUUUUGUUAGAAUCAUCGUUAGAGGAAAGAUAAGAGGAAGAACACUCAGUUGUUGAAAGCAUCGUUUCUAAGAAUUUUGUAUGUGUACUCGUUAUUCGAGUAUUCUUGGCAAUGUUUCGCAACCCCCGUUUUUUCUCAAG